AUGAAUGUGAAUCAUGAAGUUACACUCCUUGUGAAUGAGAUUCACAGACUUGGCAACAAAAAUGCAGAUGGUAAAAUCAGUGUCAAAUUUAGUGUCCUUUUAAAUGAUGACAAGUUUGUCAACCUCUUUGAGGCACUCGUUGGAACACUGAAAGCAGCCAAGCGAAAGAAGAUCAUUACAUUUCAGGGUGAGCUCUUACUGCAAGGAGUUUAUGAUAAUGUUGAUAGUAUAUUACUUCACUAUUGA